AUGCUAACUGCAAAAAUAGGUAAAGUGGGUAAAGUGCUUAUAUGUGGAAUGAAAGGUGUGGGUAAAACAGCACUGCUUGAGCAAUUGAUUUAUGGAAAUGUCAAUAUGGACACGGAGCUGCAUCCUACUAUUGAGGAUAUUUAUGUGGCUAGCGUAGACACGGGGCGCGGCGGCGCACGAGAAACUCUACGCAUAUACGAUAGCGCCGGACUUCAAGGCAAAGGUCAACUGCCGCGACAUUAUCUUCAUUUUCCCGAUGGCUAUGUACUGGUCUAUGACCCAACAGACCCCAGCAGCUUAGAUAUGUUGGCUGAUAUUAAAACGGAUAUCGAUCGUAAUAAGGAGAAAAAAGAUAACGUAGCAAUAAUAGUGUUGGCUAAUAUGCGUGCUCGAAACAGACGUGAAUCACCGGCUUCACCACCAGUGCAAGUGUCACAACCAACUUCAGCUCAACAACAACAGCUUGAUUCGGUAGAAUCAGUUUUAAAUCGGGCAAAUAGUUGGUGUGCACGUGAACGUAUAAAACAUUACACAGUAAAUGCUAUGGAACGUCCAUCAUUGUAUGAACCGUUUAUAGCGUUGUGUGCUCGCUUACAUCCUCCACCCACAAAGAGUAGUUUUCCACAAUUGCGUCAAGUAAUGCAGAAAACGCAAAAAAGUGAUAGCUAGGACGGGGAAUCGGAUGGUGGCGGUGGUGACAAUAUGCUCUGGUGUAUAGCAGGGUGUCAAGGAACCGGUGGUGGCGGGCAAUAAUCGAAAUGCAAAACAAAAUAAUUUUACGGGGCUUACAAUAUAAUUACACAUGUAUGUAGUUGUAAUUGUAGCUGCAAAAUAUAUUAAUCUCAUAUUUUAUACAUAAUUAGUACUUAUAAUAUUAACUUACAUAUGUAUGUGUGUGUGUAACCAAUUGUAACCAUUUAGAAGGGUAUCGUAAUAAAAAAUUUAAUAAAGUAAGAUAAAGCUACAAACAUAAA